AUGGAAAACGAUAUAUUCCCCUCACAUUCACUUACAAGUGCUUUUAUAUCUACAGUUGAUCAUUUGCCUUGUGAUAUCAUCCGAUCUGUGUGGCUAAUACAAGCAUGCAAUAUCAAGAUAGAUGCUCGUAAACAUGAGAUAGAUGAGAUACUAAAACAUUACCAAUCCACGCGAGAUAUAACGCAACAGGAUAUUGAAAAGUUGAUUCGAAUAAAACAAAACAUUAGAACUUUAUCACGAGAAUCAAUACUGGAAGCACGUGCAUUGAACAACCAACUUACAACGCACAAAAUGAAUUUAAUAGAAGAGUUGAAUCAAUUGCAAAAUAUUGACAAGUCAAAAGUUAACUUACACGACCAUUAUAAGCAGCGAGAGCAACUACUGCGUCAAUUAAAAGAACAUUAUGCCAAGUAUCCUUUACAAUCACAGAAGGAGGCACUAGAAGAACAAAAACGACAACCUUCGAAAAAGAGUGGAUUGAAGAUAUUAUUGAAAAUACCGAAAAGCCUACAGAAGACAGCAAAAUUAAAUACAAAGAUAGCGAAAAAACCAAAACCUGUUGCCAAGGUGAGUAAAUCAGCAAAAACAAAACCGCCAAUCAAGUCUCGACCUUCAACCAAACGAAAUAUUCCUAAGAUCGAACCGGAACCGGAACCAGUACAGGAAGAACCACAAGAAGACACCAACGUGUACUGUUUCUGUAAACAACGAUCUUCUGGUGACAUGAUAGCUUGUGACAACGAAGACUCGUGUCCUAAUGGAGAAUGGUUCCAUUUCAAAUGUGUCGGUCUAUUGAAUAGAGUCGAAGCAAUGAAAUAUACUACGGGUAAAGUAAAAUGGUACUGUUCUGACUUUUGUCGUAAUGCUGCUGAGCAAAAGGAACUUAAAGCAAAGGAACUCAAAAAGAAAAAGAGGAAAAGAAGGUGGUGA